UAUACUUUCAUAAAUGUAAACAAAAAUGGUUUGUGAUAAAUGCGAAGCCAAAUUGUCGAAAAUUUCGGCACCAAAUCCAUGGAGGACCAGUACCGCACCAGCUGGUGGAAGGAAGAUUAACGAGAAUAAAGCUUUGUCCUCGGCUCGGGACAGGUAUAACCCAAUGGGAACUACCCUGGCGCCCUGCCGGAUAUGUCGCCAAAAAGUACACCAACUUGGUGCCCAUUAUUGUCAAGCCUGUGCCUACAAGAAAGCCAUCUGUGCCAUGUGCGGCAAGAAGAUCCUGAACACUAAAAACUAUAAGCAGAGCUCGACGUGAUGCAUUUUAUAAAAGGGGUUUUCUCUUAAUCCUAACCUAGGCAUAGAUAACAGCUUAAUUUUUACGUGCAGUACAACAAAUGCAUAUAUAGGUCAAGUCUC